CAAUCAUUAAGUUAUAUAAUAUAUUAAAUAAACUACAUGUAGGUGUGCUAGAUUGGCUUUGAUCAUGCUGGAUCGUAAAAUGUCUCAAUUAAUCUCUCUCAUGUUUGCCUAGAUCUCGUAGAACUAAAUCAAUCUCCUCUCCCAUUAUACUAUUUACAAUUGUCUAAGUGCAGCAUUGGACCAUGUCUAUGGAGGCGAGAAUGAACAAGUUCCAAGAGGGCCUUCAACAACAGAGGAAGUUGGUCGAGCAGCUUAGAUUAGAGGCUGCAGUGCCUCGAGUGCGAGUCUCCGAAUGCAUAGAAGACAUCAUGAAAUACUGCGAGCAACAUACUAGUGAAGAUGUCCUCAUCAACGGCUUUCUGAGACCGGGAGAUAACCCAUACAAAGAGAAGGGCGGCUGCACUAUUCUAUGAAUUUGGCCGAUUGUGUGCGCGUGUCUCGUUCUAUCAUGUUCAAUUUUGUUUCAUAAUGCCAGUGAUUUUUAUGAGUGAGACAAAAGGGGGGUUUUAUGAUACGCCUGAGAAAAUAACAACUGUCGGAUUAGUUUAUAUGAGAUUGUAUGACUGUGCGCUGUUUUGGACGUGUAAACUCGGAUUUAGAUAUUCAAAUUCUACUGUCAUCUUCUAUUUAAUUUAAAUUCAAAAUUUCAGUGAGCGCGUAUCUUUCCCAUUACUUGUACUUUUAAAAAAGGACAAAAUUGCAAAAUGUAAACAAGUGAUUUGAUUUGUAAACACUGUUAGCAAAUUCAUCUGAUUCAUAAAAGGAACAAAAUAGUGAAAGAAAAAAAGAGGAACAUUUUCCAUGCAAAAUACAACUAAUGAAAUACAAAGCUCAUAGAGAUGGCAUACACUGUGUGAAUGUUCGAAUAAUUGUACUGGUAAUUCUUGUGCUAAGAUGUGCAAUUACUGGAGUGUAACUUAUCAUCCCAUUCUCUCAUUUGAAUCGUAUCAUUUUUUGAUACACUUAAACAUUUUAUUAGCUUAUUCCUUCAUGUGAGUCAUUGGCUGAAUUAUGAUAUUGUAUAUUUUCUUCUGAAUGGCAUUGAAGUUUUAUUAUUAUUAUUAUUAUGUUGAUACCAAAUCUCAAAUAUUUCGUUGUUAUACCGUUGAAUGAUUCAGAAUGGAUUAUAUACUGAAGCAUUUCUUCUGAAAUACUAGUCAUGUUUUUGAAUACAUUUUAUAGGAUUUUCUUUAACAAUGCAUAACACAAAAAUUUAACACAAAGAAUGUUAUAAACAAUUUUAUUUUGAUUUUUGUCAUAUGUCAAACACUGCAUUAAAAUCAAACAUACACUAAAGUGCAUUUUUUCACUUGGCUGCGCCAACAUUUGAAAUCUUUUUAAGCAAACGCUUGUUUAAGGACUAGAUCACUUUAAAGGUUACUGAUAAUCAAUAUGAAUUUAAGUAUAAAGCGAAAUGAUCAAGUUUUAAUUGUUCCUAUUAAGAUGCUUUUAACUUUUGGUUGUUUUGGAUUCUCUUACUAAAUAUUGUUUCUUUUCCAUUCAUGUUUGCUCAUAUUUGCCAAAGUAAUUUAUGAAAUUAAUCACACGCGUUUUAGAACUAUAUAUAUGACUCAAUUUUUCCCAUUAUGAAUUAAUCCGAAACGGUGAUUACUAGUAUUUGUUAUUUUGUACAGCAAAACACACUUUCUGUAGUAAAAUGUAAUCUUUAUAUCAAAAGAAGAAUGUCAUAGUAUUUAUAAGAAAGGUAGUGCGUAUAGUUUGGUGUUAUGAUAAUUUAUCAACAGAGUGAAAAAGCUGAAUUGAAAAUAUUCUAUUCAACAUUAUUUCAUUGGAUUAGCUUGUACCGGCAUAAACGAAGGUAGCUAACAAAGCAAUGUAAAUAGCAACGAAUUGUAAAUUGAUUCAUAUAAAAUGAAUGAAAAGAGUUUGUAAUAUGAUAAAGUAAUAGGCUAAGUACCCGUCAAUUCUAAAAUCUAUUUGCAGCCAGUUAGAAUAACAAUUUACAGUACGUUUAAGUAAUUAACUUUAUUCAAAUUUAAGAGGAAAUUGCUGAAAUAGUUACAGUAAUUGUUAUAUACACAACACAUUUUGCAGCUCAGUGGCAUUGAAUAUCCAUUGAUUGUUUCCAUUAGUAAUAAAUAUUGUUAAUGGAUAGUACAUAUUUUUUUUCAAACAGAGUUUAAUUAAAACUUCAAAUAUCAGUUGUUUUUCAUUCCACUUUAUAACACGCAUAGCAAUUUUCAAACGGAAUUAAAAUCAUUUCAGAAUUGUGAACGUGUGGCUUUAGGUGUGAUUCGAAAAAAAAGCAACGUUUAUUUGAGAAUACAUGUUCAUUUAGUUUGCCGAAUGUUUAGACAAAGGACCAUAUACAAUACAAUGUAAAAGGAAUUUUGGAAGUCAUGGCAAGAGUUUGGUGUACUCUUUAUUACAAAAAAGGACUGUUGACCUUAUUGUAUUUCUUGCAAGUUUUUUAUUGAGCAUUUGUGGAGGUUAGGCUAAUCUCUAAUGAUAGCCACGCUGUGAUUUACAGUGUUUUAAUUCAGCAACAGAUAAUCAAGAACGUUAUUAGCCAUGUCAUAAUUCCCCAGUUAUAACUGCAUGAGAGGGAUAAGAAUUAUUAUAUAAAAAUCAUUAUCAACAUUAUGUUUGUAAGAAAGAUGUGUCGUAGGUGUGUAACAAAGUGCAAUUUAAUCUAUAUUGUUUUUGCUGGUUAUUUCAUAUUUUGCUAUUUCUUUACGGAAGAUAGAUAAUUACAGUUAUGCUACAUUGUUUAAGGUGACUGUAUUAAUUUAUUUUUUAAUGUGAUUAAUGUAUUUUAUAAGUACUGCUUUCUGCUUUUAUGAAGUUAAUGGAGAUCAUGCUUAUAUUUAAGAUAAAAGCUUUUAAUAGCAAUACUGAAGGCUUAUUGUAUUAUUGGUAUAUAUUUUCAAAAUCAUUGAAACGAAAAGAAUGCUUACUUGUCAUAAUACGUUUCAUGAUAAAAUCAUAUUCAACUGUGCAAAGGUGUAAAAAAGCAUAUGUCCUUGGGGUUUCCAAAUUGAAUCUAUGAAACAAAAUGUAAAAGAAUUGACACUAAAUUAAGACCUCUUAGUAAAAAAUAAUUACUUAAUAUUUUUAUAUAUGGCCCUUUAGAAAAUCAAUUUUGAGAUAUACAUGUAUAUUACAUCUACAUGUUUAGAGAAUUGAAGGUCUAAAAUUAGCAUUGGAAUUUUGCUAGCCUUUUUAUGUUGUUUUAUAACUAUAUUGUGUGUUCUUCUACAUUUUUUGUUUUGUUUUUUUUUCUAGUAAGUAAAAGAAGUAUUGUGUUACAAAAUGAGUGCUCUCUUUUUGUGAUAUUUUGUUGCGAAGAAUCAAAACAAGAGGAGAUCGGUAAAUAUGUUACAUCUUUAUAUUUUCUUUGGUCACAAGAAAACGCAAAUUUUGCAGGAAACAAUCUAUAUCUCACAUAAGAACUUCGCUUCUUACGUAUUCUUUUCACACUUCUAUUAUAUAUUUACGCUAUAUUUUUUGGUUUUUGAAAAUGGUGUUUCAUUCAACAUAGAUAUUGUUUGGUACCUUAUGGUGUAACUUACUCACGCUUUGUGAUCACUUAUACAACUAUUGAAAUAAAGUGUCUAAAUAAA